AGAGCGUUUGAAAAAGUAAGAAUAUAAAGUCUUGUUCCGUGGAUUCGAUUGCUUAGUUGGUGUGCUGCACAAUCGCGUAACAUUUUAAUUAAUUCAAGGAUGAUUCGGGCCGGUAGUACGUUUUUAAGGAGUAAUGGGCAGUGCUCAUGCUUAGUACGGCUGUUUGCAACCCAGGUUGCUCCCAUGCCUGUUGAGGAAACACAAUUUCAAAAUGACUGGAAUACCGCGCUACCGUACGAGAAGAUUCCAGGACCGUCACGACUAACACUGUUAAAAGAUAUGCUGCCUGGAGGAAAAUUUAAAACUCUAAAUCUAACCGAUGUACUGAAACAGUAUCGACUUCAGUAUGGAGACAUUUUUAAAAUGCCCGGAAUGUUUGGAAAACCCGAAAGCGUCCUUAUUUUCGACCCAAAAGAUUUCGAAACAAUUUAUCGUACAGAGGGAGUUUGGCCUGUUCGUGUCAGUUUUGAUACCAUCACCUAUUACAGAAGGAAGGUUCGACCAGAUAUCUUCUCUCCUGCUGGGCUGGUAGCUACGCAAGGAAAAGAGUGGGCUGAAUUUAGGUCAGCCGUGAAUCCGGUCAUGAUGCAACCUAAAAUUGUGAAACUAUAUGUUCCAAAAUUGGACAAAUUCAUAGAUGAAUUUAUUGCCAGAAUGAAGAAUAUUCGAGAUUCAAACACAUACGAACUACCUGAAAAUUUCGAGGAGGAAUUGAAUAUGUGGUCUUUGGAAGCUAUUUCCAUGGUAGCUUUAGAUAAACCCCUUGGAAUUAUGGGAAAAUUGGAGAAAAAUAGUAAAGAGCAUGAAUUCUUAGUGGCUGUGAAAAAAUUCUUCCAUUUGGUCUAUGUCCUCGAUUUGAAACCAUCAAUGUGGAAAGUAUUCCCUACUGCAGACUUGAAAGAAAUGAUACGCGUUUCGGAUGUUAUAACAAAUUUCAGUUUUCAUCAUGUCAACGAAGCGAAGAAACGUCUGGAAUCUAAUCCCAAUACGAAAAGUUCAGAUGAACAAAGCGUCCUUGAGAAGCUUAUUAAAAUCGACCCUAAAAUGGCUACAAUCAUGGCUACGGAUAUGGUUAUUGCAGGUAUCGAUUCGACAAGUUCUGGUAUUUCCAGCGUCGUAUACAACCUUGCAAAAAAUCCUGACAAACAAGAGGUCCUUCGCAAUGAACUGCGCAAAAUUCUCCCCGAAAAGGAUAGUCCUCUGACUCCACAAAACAUGUCUAAUCUACCAUACCUUCGGGCAUGUAUCAAGGAAGCGAUGAGGGUCUUGCCUGUGUUGACUACCAAUUUCCGCCAGGCCGGGCAGGAUUUAGUACUAAAAGGUUACAAGAUACCUAAAGGAACAGAAGUUGUAUUGCAAUCUGCAUUUAUUCAAGUGGAUGAAGACUUAUAUACACAUGCAAAAAAGUUCAUUCCGGAACGGUGGCUCAGAGGUGAGGAUUCUGAGCUUAGCAAGGAAGCGAAAAGUGUGAGUUCGUUCACAUUUCUUCCAUUCGGAUUCGGACCUCGAAUGUGUGUUGGGCGACGUUUCGCUGAACUCGAAAUGGAGAUAUUUGUGUCGAAGCUUGUUCGGAAUUUUUAUAUUGGAUGGGAUCGACCAGAUUUGAAGUUUAAGUCAGUCGGGAUAAACGUUCCUGAUGGAAAGUUGCAAUUUAAAAUAACGGAUGUGGAAAAUUAGAUUAUAAUGGAUUCCUUUACAACGGCUUUUCAGCUUUUCCAAGGAAUUCUUGCACAUUUCCAAUUGAACUUGAUAUAAGACAAGCCAUAAAUUUCAUGAUCAAUGCAAUUAUCAUAAACCUGGUUUUGGGAAACGUUACGCUCUCAAUAUAGGAUAAUGUAUAACAAUAUUCUUAUUUAAUUAAGUAAAAUUCAAUUAUUUUUAGGCACUAGCUAACUGCAAUUACCAAAAUUUUGUAUACUUUUUAAGGCCCUAAAUUUAUAGAAAUAAAAUAAAU